AUGGCACCUCUCUUCUCUAAUCGCCUGACCUGCUUUUAUUGUGGGCGACGCUCCACUCAGUCUCUUCGUGGUGUUCGCAAGUUUCGCUGCGAACACUGCGAGGCCGACAAUUAUCUCGACGAGAAUGGAGAAAUCACAGAUCCGCCUGCGACGGAGACUAAUCCAACAGUCCAUGGGCCUGAUGCAUCCAGCCCGCCCUUCGAGACGGCCGAGUUCACAGACUCUGGAUUGUUUUGUUCCACAUGUACUCGCAAUCAGCACCUCUUUACAAGCUCGCUAGCCUCCUAUUUUCCUUCACCAGACGACCCCAUGUACGCCGUCUAUGAACGGGAUUAUCCCGAGUUCCGCAGAGGUCUCGAGGACCGCUACCCACAAGUGUGCGACGUGUGCGAACCUCGAGUCAGACAACGCAUUCGCCAAACUGGAUAUGAAGCCAAGGCAGACCAUCUGCGCCGCAUGAUGGAUCGCAGCCGCGCGAGCAAGGCUGCGAGGCGGGCCCGGAACCGGAAUUGGAGGAGUGUACUCGUUCUCACGGGCGCUCUUGGCUAUUGGAGCAGUGUUGUUGGCCAGUUAGCAUGGGAUGUGAUGAGUGCUUUGACCGCUAUUCAAAUACCAGAGGGCUCCGACACAUCUCCGGUGACGCCUCCGUCUUGGGUCUCUUGCGUGAGGCGGACAGUGGAGAUGCGCCGCGUUCCGGGUCAAUGCGCCUUUGACUUGGCCCCAUCUGCAGGGUUGGCACUUGUCGCCGGUAGUCUUUCGCUCUGGUGGAAUCCAAAAUUGCGCAUGAAGGUAGAAGGAAUAGGUGGUCGAUUUGCCGGUUUGGGAGAGUACUAUAAAGUGCAACUGAUCGCCUUGGUGGUGCGAUGUGUGUUCUGGGCAGUUCUCAAGGACCCAUCGGCCAGCGGUCUCGAGCCUACUUUGCCUCCAGCUUUGCAUAUGUUUAUGAUUAUUUUUACUGUUUUGUCUGUUGGAAUUUCUCGCCGUGUGGUCAAGUACGACACUCGUCCGCUGGUCGAUUGGUCGGAUCAUACUUGGGAAAAUGCUCCCCUUCGUAGUGCUGAAUCGUCACCAGUAUCAGCCGCUCGAAGUAAACCGACCGGCCUCAAGCCCAACCCGAACAUGGAGCGAAUCGGGCACCGGUUUCCAAUCGAGAAGCUGGGCUCUCCUCGGCCUUCUCCCGAGCAAGCGCCUGCCAUCCCUACGCCACCCCCGGAGACUGAUGACAUGGACUGGACACCUUCUACCCAGCAGGAGAUUCGCCCGACUGUGAGCGUUUACCAGCGCAACCAGCCAUCUGUGUUUGAUGGCCCUUCUCCCUUCCACGGAGCUCUUCCGCCUGCUCCAAAACCUCCAGCAUGGAAUCUGCGCACGCAACCCUCGACCAAGCCCCUCGAGCAGGUUGUUGAACGCAAUCCAUUCCACCAAAAUCCUUCUCAACCACCGAGCCAGUGGCAACAUAAAGAUACCACUUCGGAACCCGUUUUUAAACCGCCCAAGUUCUUUCCCAUGAGUGAUCAUGACACUUCUACUGGACUGGAGACAUUGUUUGACCGUGCCUUCACAAUUCAAACGGAUGAUGCUCCUAGGAAUAGGUGGGCUCAGCAAGAACCGAGUCACAGCUCUUAUCCCAGACACGCGCAUAACUUUCUCAUCAUCCAAUAUCUCCGUCUUGGGCUGCUGGUGGUUUCUAUCAGUGCGUGGACUUUGUCUCAGAAUCACCAGCUUUCAAUCCCCGGCAAUUACAUCGAGAUCGGUGCUCUAGGAAGUGCAAGCCUUCUCGCGGGGUUUGCGCUCUUGGAGGCUGCGAAACGGCCGCUGGCACAAUGGAACGGCAUGGAAAUAUUGGUGUAUAUCACGGAGCUCGGGGCGGCAGUUCAUCUGGGAGCCCAUCUGCCAAUGGUCUCCUUUGAGCGAGAGUAUUUUGAUCGGUACGGUAAAUUGCUCUUGAUUUUCAUGGUGGCACAAGAGGUUUUGGGUCUUGUGGCCUUCUAUCGGGUUUCAACCGCCACCAGCGCGGAUGGUCAGUCAUCGGCGCGGCCUGCGUCACAGCAUGCAUCACCCCAGCCGCAACCACCACAGCUAGAUGCUCUUGCCUUGUCUCCAUCAGAGCCGGCCGAUUCUCCAUUUGUACCUCGAUCUUUUGGUUCGCAAUUGUCGGCCCCUCCGCUUUCCUUCUCGUCUACAGCAGGGACAUCCAGCUUCUCUUCAGCGUUGCCUUCUGUGCCGCAAAACCCACAAUACCGACUCUCUUCGUCUCAGUCCCUCAACUCUCUGUCUAGCCACCAAAACAGAAACCCGCACAGCUUUACCAUGAAGUCUCUUAAGGAAAGCGAGCCUUCUUCAGAUUACGAACAAGACUCGGACAGCGAGACCGUUGCCACUACUGCCACCACGCUCACUGAUGCCACUACUCGCAAUAUUCGGUAUGGGCGCAAUCCCAAUCUGGAACACAACCCUCCCUUCUCCCCGAGACGGAGUGAAUUGGGCCCAGGAAUCGGUGGUCUGAGCCUGGAGGAUCGACCUGCGCCUCGCCACAUGACUCGCAGCCAGACGCAGCAGGGACUCAUGGGACGGCGAUUCCCAUCCCGCGCUUAA